AUGCCACUUAAUGUGAUCCUCGAGGUUGAGCUCUUCAAUGUUUGGGGCAUUGACUUCAUGGGCCAUUUCCCAUCAUCAUUCAAAUACCUGUUCAUGUGGACUAUGUGUCAAAAUGGGUUGAGGAAGCUGCAACAAAAGAAAAUGAUGCCUCAAUCGAAUGGUCAAGUUGAAAUUUCAAAUAGGGAGGUGAAAAGUAUUCUUGAAAAGAAGGUGGAUAGCUCCAAGAAGAAUUGGUCCAAGAAACUAGAUGAUGCACUUUGGGCCUAUAGGAUGACAUUCAAAACUCUAAUUGGGAUGUCACCUUAUAGGUUGGUCUUUGGAAAAAUGUGUCAUUUUCCAGUUGAGUUGGAACAUCGGGCUUAUUGGGCAAUGAAGAAGCUGAAUUUUGAUGAGAAAGCUGCUGGACAGAAUAGGCUACUCCAACUAAACGAGCUUGAUGAAUUCUGUAAUGAAGCCUAUGAGAAUGCCAAGAUCUACAAGGAACACACCAAGACAUGGCACGACAAGAACUUGAUAAGAAAAGAGUUCAAACCUGGGCAAUAG